AUGUUCCCGUGGCGCCGGGCGGCCGCGUGCCUCCUGUUGGUGCUGCUGCUUGGCACCCUCUCGUGCCACCACGUAUCCACCGCACGGCCCGCACCGGCGGCCGCCGCGGCGGGGCUGCACCGGCACCCGAACGGCGCGGCGUGGCGCUCGUCGAAGCACCCGCGGGACGCCGGGCGGGGCAGCCGCGUCGCGGGCCUCGCCGAGCUGAAGAGCAACCUGGCGAGGUUCGGGUACAUGGAUCCCAGAGCGGGGCCCCACGACGACGCGUUCGACGGCCGCACGGAGGCCGCCGUGAAGCGGUACCAGUCCAGGCUCGGCCUGCCGGUCACCGGCCGGCUCGACGCCGCCACGCUCGGCCGGAUCACCUCGCCGCGCUGCGUCGUCGGCGACGGCCGCGUGUCCGUGCCCAUGUCGGACUCGAAGACCAGCCGGUUCACGUUCCUCGACGGCGAGCCGCGGUGGACGGGGCCGCCGGGCCAUCUGGUGCUGACGUACUCCAUCUCGCCGACGGCCGUCGGCUACCUGCCGCCCGAGGCCGUGCGCGCCGCGUUCCGGAGCGCGUUCGCGCGGUGGGCGGAGGUCAUCCCCGUGGAGUUCGUCGAGACCGACGUCUACUACAACCGCCAGGCCGACAUCAGGGUGAGCUUCUUCGAGGGCGACCACGGGGACGGCGCGCCGUUCGACGGGGAGGAAGGCGUCGUCGCCCAUGCCUACGGCCCCAUGGACGGACGAGUCCACUUCGACGCGGCGGAGCGUUGGACGGUGGACGUGGGCAGUGAAGCGGCGGGCUCGUCGACCAUGGACCUGGAGUCCGUGGCGACGCACGAGAUCGGGCACAUCCUCGGGCUCGGGCACUCGUCGUCGCCGGAGGCGGUCAUGUACCCGUACAUCGACGCCGGCGAAAGGAAGGUGGAGCUCAGCGUGGAUGACAUCGAUGGUGUCCAGCUGCUGUACGGGUCCAACCCACUGUUCAGCAGGCACGAGCAACACGCCCCCGCACCGCCGCGGAGGAGCGACCCCUCUCCUUCUCCGUCUGCGUCGUCGCCGGGGAGAGGAAGCAGGCUUGCUGGUUCAGUUAGCUUUGUUGGCGUAGUCUUAGUCAUGCUAGUGACACACAUGUAA